AGCAUCCGAGUAACAAAGGUUAAGAACCAACAAGUAAAAUUCCUAAAACCAUACAGGAAUGAUGUAACCUCCAAUGUAAGUUGCAAAAUAAUUUUUAAAAUGGAUGACACAGUGAACCAAUGUGAGCAAUGUUCAUCAUCCCACAUAUUUCAUAUAUUUACUUGCUUUCAUAGCAACACACAAUAUUUUCUUGUUAAUUCUCUCUUCAGUUGUAUACUGUCUUAAUCCUCAAUUGUAUACUCUUACCCUUUUGUCUCUAUUAGGCUUUCUCGUAUUUUUUUCAUAUAAAGCUGUUUUAUUAAUAUCAAAUUUAAAAACCAGUACCACUACCUCCCUUUUUUAUUUUUGCCUUUAAGAAUAUAGCCCAGAAUCCUGUUGGGGGAAAAUGAAUGGGAUGAUGGAAUGAUAACCAUGGAGGAAAUUCUCCCCUUUUGGCUUGGUGUCAAUCACACAACCACCAAUGCAAUGUUUAUAAAAAUGGUUACUUGACCAGUCCUGUGACAGACCCCUCCACCAAUAGGGGAAAUUAAUUGUGCAUUUUUCCAUUCAUUGAAGUGCACAGUAAUAUUCAGUGAGAUGAAGUUCGUUAAAGUGUACAACUUAAUUAGAGGGAUGGCUAUUAAUAGUUAUUCAUGCCAAAUGUCAUCUUUAUCUUAGCUUGUUGAGUGGAAACUUUUUCAAAUUUGAAGCAAACAUUUUUCCCCUUUAGGAUUGGAUGUUCCAUAAUGUGGAACUUUCAGAAUAUGGCACAGACUUUCUCUUCAGGAAUAUCUUAGUCAUUUUGCAAUGCCAGGCUGGUUGACAGCAUUUGGCCAGAAAAGCGUGCCUCUGGAAAUACCUUUAUCUAGUUAAGAAAAGCAUUAUACAGUACUCCAAGACACCGUUUCAAACAUUACUGUCAUGGCUUCAUUCAUCCCAGGUUGGCUCUGGAGAAGCGACGUUCCGCGGAAUUCGGAGGCUUCAACGGUCGCGCCUCCCUUUCAGAGCCUCCAGCGCCCAGCAACGUAGGAUUCUUGAGUUCAGGAAGACCUGUAGUGUAUGAGAAAAACGGCCCGUCUCCUUUGCCUUCAGGGACAUCCAUCCCCUUGACUGUGUAUUAAAUACCAUAUAUGUGGGCGUGCUAACAGGGUGUUUUUUAGAAGUCGGAGACCGUGAGGAAUGAAGAGGGGAAACGGUUGGAGGCCGGAGGCCUCAGCCUCCCUUCCCGCCAAGGAGCGAAGUGGGCGCCGUGCUGGGCUGAGGCGAGGGAGUCGCGGUGGCGCCCUUUCCUCUUCCUUGCCUUCUGAGCGCCGGAGCGCGUCUCUGAGGCCCUGCCUUCCCUCACCGCUUGCCCCAAACACUCCGGGCUGAAAGUUUAUUUUUCCUUUCCCGUUCCCUCAGGGCUCCCAUCGUUAGCUGGCGACUCAGGCUCCCAUGGCAACCGCGCCCGGCUUGUGUUUGUCGACGGCUCGGUUACCAGCUCCGCGGAAGCCGGACGCGGCGCUCCGAUUAGCGCCUGAGGCAGGAGCCCCCAAACCAGACCCAUGGCUUCGCUGGCCAGGCCUGCCGUUUUGCCGAACCUACUGGUUCCCUCCUCCGCCGAGAAAAUGAGGGUCCUCCUGCUCUCCUCCAGGCUGCAAAGCCCCUCGGAGAGCGACCUCCUCGGCGGCCCUUUCGAGCAGGAUAAUCACUUGAAAUCUGUGGAUCUUGAUCAUGUUAUCAAACUGCUUGAAGAAACAGAAUCAAGUAGUUCAGAAGAACAGCUCCAAGCAGUAAAGAAAGUUGCAAAACGCUUUGAACAUGGGAUUCCUCUUAAAGAUUUAACACAAAUCUCUAAAAUUUUAAACUUAUGUGCAGAAAAAAUUCAACUUGACAAUGCUUUUAUUCAACCUACUUGCGAAAUUCUUAAAUUACAUGGGUUACCAUUUUACAAAAAGAAAUUAUCUGAUGAAGUAAACUAUGCCAAAGACAUUCAACAAUCAAUUGCACAACUGGGUUACUUGAUGAGGGUGCCAUGCUCUGAAGUAAGAAUACAAAUCUGUAAAUGUGUCAUUAGCUUUUGCCACACUGAACCACCAAAGAAAGAAUAUGAAGUUUACCAGCCAGUAAGUACAAACUACAAAAAGCGUAUGGUGGAAUUAGCAGGUUUAGCAGAAACCUUGGUCUUGUCAUUAACUUUAGUUGAAAAUCAACUUCCUGAGAAAUUAUGGAUAAUUAAAACUCUACAGCAUCUUUCUAAUUCGGAGGAAAACUGCAAACUUAUGAUGAAUGCUGAAGCACCAAGAAGAUUAUGCGCUCAUUUAACUGAUCCUGACUCUUCUGGGCAGCUGCUAUUCCGAUCCUCAGAAAUCCUCUGGAAUUUAUUAGAAAAAACAUCCAAGGAAGAAAUUAUUAAUCAGCUUAGUAACUUGGAAUGUGUACAUGCUCUGAAGGAAGCAUUUACAAACUUACUUAUACAUGGUUCCAGGCAUUAUGAUCGUCAGCUAAGAAAUGACAUUUUAGUGAUAGCUACUCUUAUAGCUCAGAACCCUGGAACACCAAUGAUUGAAACUGGAUUUGCCAAGCAAUUAAUACUGUUUGCUACUUUUGAGGAAGUGAAAAGUCACAAUCCUUUGGUAAAAGGCCUCAAAUUCACUCACUCUUAUGAAGAUUUUGAGUUGAAAAAGCUGCUGUUUAACAUGCUGACUGUACUAGCAAAAGAUUUAUGUACUGUGCAGCUGCUGCACGAGGGUAAAGUUAUAUCAGCUUUGUUUUACUAUUUAAAACCAAAUGAAAAGUCAGGAGCACUUGACAUGUCUGCAGCACAGUAUGAAGAAUUACAGCUUCUUGCAAUUGCUACCUUAGCUACAGUGGCUCCCUUGUUGAUAGAAGACUACAUGAUGUGCCAUGGCAAUACUCGUCUUCUCAUGUUUCUACAGUGGUGUGCAGGCAAUGAUCCCUUCUUUGCUCAAGGGAACAGUUUCCAUGGUACAGGUGGUCGUGGCACGAAACUUGCACAGAUGCGCUAUAGCUUGAGAGUGCUGAAUCCUGUUGUUUCCCUUUGUGAUGAUGAUGUGAAUCUUGAUCUUUGUGAUCAGGGAGCAAUUCAUCAACUGUUGGAUAUCUUAAAGAAUACCACAACCAAUUACAAAGAAGGUGCUAUUGUGAUGGAGAUUCAGACUGAUAUCUUACUUAUCCUGUCAACUCUUUGCGAAAAUAAUCUUCAUAGAAAGGAGCUAUUUGGAUGGGAAGGAGUGGAUAUACUUAUUCCAUUUAUGAAGAUAGAUGCUCAGAAAUUCUAUAGUGGAUUGGGUCAUAAUCGUCUCCUUUUUAGUGUUCUGGACUGCUUAUGGUGCUGUGUAAUGGGCUGUACCAUUUUAGAGGACUAUUUUCUUGAAAGAGAAGGUCUCUUCACUCUCUUGGAUUUGCUCACGUUAAAUCAAAAGAAUGUAUGCAAUCUGAUUCUUGGAAUAUUAGUAGAAUUUUGUGACAACCCUAAAACUGCUUCUCAUAUCAAUGCUUGGCGAGGGAAAAAAGACCAAACAGCAGCCAAUCUACUAGUAAGUUUGUGGAGACAAGAAGAGGAGGAGAUGGGAGUUAAACAUGAUAAGCUUGGAAGAAUUAUUGAUAUAAAGAAGCCAUUAGUUGGCCAAUUCCAAAAAAACCAGGAAGUGGUUCCAAUGCCUGCCAGUUGUCCCACUAUUGCUGUCAUGGAUGUUGCUGAAAAUAUGAGAGCAAAAAUUUAUUGCAUAAUAUGUAAACUAGGGUUUGAAAAUUUGCCUGGCCUGACUGCAAAGGAUUUUGUUACACUUGCCAUCAUUCGCAGGUAUCUUGACUUUAAGGUUGGUGAAAUCUGGGGUGAAAUGUGUGCAGAGCUUAAAAAAGAAAAAUUCAGGCCAGUUACCCCUGAUCAGGAAGCAAUACUGGUUAUUACAGAAGCAUUCGAAAAUGUUGGGAAGAUGGUUGUCUCUCUACAAACCGAAAUGCUAGAAAGCCAGAAAUACCAAGAAAUUCAGGAGGAACAAAAAUGUUAUGCCAAGAUUCAGUCUCUUCAUAAGCAAAAAGAAAUGGUCAGUAAGUCUUGGGAAAAUUUCUUAGCUCGGACUUCAAAUUACGAGGCUUUAAGGAAAGCAAAAAGGCUCCAGGAAAGAUCAAUUGAAAAUUCUAGACCAAAAGUUAAACAAUAUAAUGCAACAUUUCAUGAAACUAAUAUCAAAGGCCUAAAUACAACAAUUGCAUCUGGUCGCCUAGUAACAGUUGAAAGUACACCUUCUGAAUUGACUGGAGGACCACUAGCUGACACAGACCUUGCACUUAAAAAGCUGCCUAUUCGUGGUGGAGCCUUAAAAAGGAUCAAAGAAGUUAAAAUUAUGGAUUCCUUCAAGAAAGGUUCAGUAUCUGUAAAAUGAAUAUUGUGCAGUAACAUUCCAGAUAAUUUUCUGUAUUUUAAAUUUAAUUUAUAUAUCUAAUUUGAAUAACUAUUUGUGCCACACUGGGAAAUGUAGAUAUUUUAGACAGCCUCUUUUUCCCUUAGAAAUAAUAUGGAUAUCAUGAAGCCAAUGAAUAAAUUCAGUG